CAGGACGGGCAGGCCGACGUCACGGAACCACACAGCAGAGGAGGAGUGGACCACAGGCGGACUGUGUCAUAAAAACACGCGAAGACAACCGUGGAGGGGAAAGAAAAAAAGGAGGGGACCAAACUCUGCUCGCCGUCGUCUUCACCCCCACCUUGUCGCAGCCAUGGAGGCCGCUUGGCUUUGCGACGAGCUUUCACCGACAUUCGGUGUCGUUGUGGGGCGUUUGUGAAGGAGGGAACAGUGUGGUCGUAUCCCUUUUUUCGCCUAGCGGAUUGGAAGUGAAAGUCCGCCAUAUUUUUGCUUUACCACGCCCGGGGAGUGGAGCCACUGGGAAAAAGAAGAAGGGAAGAAAGGGGAAAUUGCGGCAUGGCAGUGGCGAUGUCCGUGCGUGUCUGCCGGUGCCCACGCAGUUGAAGACUGUUUUUUUUUUUUAACGGAAGGAGUGGCGAGGGUGGGGAAAGGAGGUAUCGGUGGUGCGGGUGGCGACGCUUAACGAGAUCCCGCUCGGGAUGUGUUGUAAACGGAUCUGUUGACCAUCCGGAGACGGCAAAGCAGAUUACACCAAUUACGAUAGCACCAGAGUGGACUGUAUUGUGAGGAAGAAGAGUCUGGGGUGUUGGCGGAGGUGGGGGAACAAAGAGAAUAACCACAUUUCGUUCAUUUCUCAAAUAUCCAAAAUUUCCCCUCCUCCGGCAGCUCCGUCAUUUGCAGGCCGCUGCAUGAGCCCCCUUCCACGGCCUGCUUGCCGCCCUCGCACCGGCCUCUUCGGGAUCAAAUCAGUGAGACUCGUUGACCGUCGCGAAUAAAAACAAGACAAGUGAUUAAGAAUGACCCUGGAAUCCAUCAUGGCGUGUUGCCUCAGCGAGGAGGCAAAGGAAGCCCGGAGGAUCAACGACGAGAUCGAGAGGCAGCUCCGCCGGGACAAGAGGGACGCGCGGCGGGAGCUCAAACUGUUGCUGCUCGGCACAGGUGAAAGCGGUAAGAGCACGUUCAUCAAGCAGAUGAGAAUCAUCCACGGCACCGGCUACUCUGACGAGGACAAGCGAGGCUUCACCAAACUGGUGUACCAGAAUAUCUUUACCUCCAUGCAGUCCAUGAUCAGGGCCAUGGAGACGCUCAAGAUCCCCUACAAAUAUGAGCACAAUAAGGCCAACGCCAACGUGGUGAGAGAGGUGGACGUGGAGAUGGUCAUCAUGUUUGUCAAUCCUUACGUAGACGCCAUCAAGAGCUUGUGGAACGACCCGGGCAUCCAGGAGUGCUACGACAGGAGGAGGGAAUACCAGCUGUCCGACUCAACCAAAUAUUACUUGAACGCGUUGGACCGGAUCGCCGAAAGCUCCUACUUGCCAACUCAGCAGGACGUACUGAGGGUCCGCGUCCCCACCACAGGCAUCAUUGAGUAUCCCUUUGACCUGCAGAGCGUCAUAUUCAGGAUGGUGGACGUGGGCGGUCAGCGGUCAGAGAGGAGGAAGUGGAUCCACUGUUUUGAGAACGUCACGUCCAUCAUGUUCCUGGUGGCGCUAAGCGAGUACGACCAAGUUCUGGUGGAGUCGGACAACGAGAACCGCAUGGAGGAGAGCAAAGCGCUGUUCAGGACAAUCAUCACGUACCCGUGGUUCCAGAACUCCUCCGUCAUCCUGUUCCUCAACAAGAAGGACCUGCUCGAGGAGAAGAUCAUGUACUCUCAUCUGGUCGAUUACUUCCCGGAGUACGACGGUCCCCAGAGGGACCCCCAGGCGGGCCGCGAGUUCAUCCUGAAGAUGUUUGUGGACCUGAACCCCGACAGCGACAAGAUCAUCUACUCCCACUUCACCUGCGCCACCGACACGGAGAACAUCCGCUUCGUGUUUGCCGCCGUCAAGGACACCAUCUUGCAGCUCAACCUGAAGGAAUACAACCUGGUGUAACAAUUAAGGACCGGCUCCACCUGUCAAGAGAUGCAUCGCACUCACAAAUUCCAAUCGAAUGCUUGCAUCUCAUACUAAUUUAUUUGCCAAUGUGUUGGUAGUCAGGAGGAGGCGAGCAAAUUCAUUGAAAUGUUAUGUUGCUAUUUAAUGAAGAAUUUAUAGGGAAAAAAUGGAGACUAAAAGGUUUGCAUUCCUUUUUAAAAAAACAGUUGCUUUUGACUGACUUAUAAUAAUAAUAAUAAUAAUAAACAAGGCAAAAACUGUGAUUUUAAAAGUAUUUGAUUUCAUAUGGAUGUGAAUCCUGAUUAUGUUGGUACCGUCGCCCGGGCUGACCCAAAAUGCAUACUGAGCAACUGCCCAUCAAGAUGACACUCGUACCCCUGAUCUUUUUUAUUUUGUUUGUUUGUUUUUGUGACAGAAUGCCAUUUAACCAAAAUAUUGAUGAUCAAAACAUGUCACUCAAUAAUAUCAGUAAAAUGCCCCCCCCAACCCCCCUUAAAUGCUCAAACGGCUUCUCCAUACGAGUGCAGAUUUCCAUAUGCAUUUUGGGUAGCUUCCCCACCGCCUACUUCCGGCUGAGGUGUUCAAAAUAACGUUAGGAGCUGCGUGACCUGAGAUGAAAAUGGAUAUUUCAACUGUGCCACAUUCACACAUUUUAUUAUUUUGUUUUGAGGUUGUUGUUUUUUUUUAUGUUUGUUUUUGUGCGUGCGUAUGUUUGUCGUCCGAUGCCAAAAGUAAGUAAUUCAACACACACAUGAAAACACUUUGGAGCCAAAUGUGUGUUUAGCCACUAGCCCCGCCUUCCUAUCACCUAGCAUAUUUCGGAUUGUCCUGUUGACUAUUGCUAGGUUGAAAGAAGGCAAAGUGUUAUAAAUGUUUGUACCAAAGUUUAUGAUUGGCCGUUUCCCCUCGUCCUUCAUCCUUGAGUCACUUUGGAGUAUUUUUUUUGUUUUUUUUGCUUUGUUCCCAAGAACACAAGCCUGUAAUUUACAUGUAUUGAGGCAUAGUGCAAUUAUGAAUGCUAUAAUCAUUGUACAUACAUCUCUUGUGCUCUCUUUCUCGCUCUGUGUCUCUCGAUAUAUAUAUAUAUAUAAUAUAAUAUAUAUAUAUAUAUAUGGCAGCAUCAUUGUUGGCUUUGUAAUCAUGACUUUUUUUUGUUUUGGCAGAUUGAAUGUGCGGUAUUGGGAAAAUAUGUAUCUCUAUAAUUGUACCGUCUAAUGGCUAAAUCUUUUUUAUUUGUUUUUUUUUCCUGAAAGAAAAUGUUAUUUACAUUUUUUUUGGUUUCCUUUUAUAAGAGGAGAAUGUACAUUUUUUGUGUGUUUUUGGGCCGUUUUGAUUCUCAGCAAAGAAAUAUUGUUCAGCUUCAGAAGUACAUAAAGAGGAAUAUGAUGA